AUGUCGAGCACUAAUUCCAUUAGUUCCUCGCAGGAGGUGUUUAAGGAGCAGUUGUUUGGUCCUACUACCAAAAGGAAAGCCGUAGAGGAUGAUGAAGUCUCAUCUAAGGUUUUAAAGACUGUUCCGGUGGCAUUUCAACAAAGCCCUGAGCAGAGGGAUGUUGUACUUAGGCCGAGUGUGGAGGGUGCACGUAUGCGUGGUAAUGUGAUGUUUGUUGCUGAUAAGUCGGGUUCGGGUGUUUUCCAGAAACCACCCAGUUCUCAAAGAGAAAGACAUGUACUGGUUGAAGUCUUACAAUCUGACUCAAAGGUGAUUGAUACAAGGAUUUUUCAGGGUUCCACGGUUUUUUAUAUAACAUUUGUCUAUGGGGAUCCUGUUCGAAUGAGAGAGGUUGUAUGGGAACGCAUUACACGAAUUGGUAUACAGAGAGAUGAUCCAUGGUUACUUACCGGCGACUUCAACGAGAUAAUGGAUAAUUCUGAGAAAUUGGGAGGCCCACGGCGUCCAGAGAGCUCCUUCUAUCCUUUCAGAACCAUGGCAAGAAGUAGUCGGAUCAUAGAAAUCCCGAGUUGUGGUAAUAGUCUCUCGUGGGGUGCACAGAGAGAUAAUGUGUGGGUUCAAUGUCGGCUGGAUGGAAGCUUUGGAAACAGUGGUUGGUUCACUCUAUUCCCAAGGGCUAAUACAGAAUAUUUAGAACUAAUGGGAUCUGACCACCGUCCGAUAAUCACAAGACUAGUUGGCGAUGAUACAAAGUUCAGAAGAAGGUUCAUCUUUGAUAAGCGAUGGAUCAGUAAGCCGGAAACAACUGAGAUAAUACGUGAGCAGUGGGCUUUGGAAGGGGCGAAUCAGAGUAAAUCUGUGUUAAGGGGACUAGCUCGGUGUAGGAAGGCUCUGUCCAGAUGGAAGAGGACUCAUCCUACUAACUCUGCCACGCAAAUUCAGUUGCUGCGCAGGGACUUGGAAGAGGAGGCUACUAAGCAGAGCGUACAAUAUAAGAGACUGAAGAAUCGACUCAACUCCUUAGUUGACAAACACGGUUUUGAAUGUUUUGAGGAGGGCUCUAAAGGUAACAUUGCUGUGGAGUACUUCACUGAGUUGUUCAAAACCUUUAGCCCUGGUAACUUUGAGGAACUUUUAAAGGGUAUGGCACUGAGGGUAUCAGAUGGGAUGAACCAACAACUGGCGGCUCCGGUGACUGCGCAGGAGAUUAAGCAAGCGGCGUUUAAUAUCAAGGGAGAUAGUGCUCCGGGUGCUGAUGGGUGGAUUGGUGCCUUCUUUCGUCGGUAUUGGUCAAUAGUGGGUGAUGAUAUCGUUAAGGAGAUUCAAUAUUUCUUUGAGGAUGGUGUUUUCCCACAGGACUGGAAUCAUACUCAAAUCUGUCUCACUCCCAAGAAGGACAAUGCCAACCAAAUGAGGGAUAUGAGGCCAAUCAGCUUGUGCUCAGUCCUCUACAAAAUCGUUUCUAAGGUCUUAUGCACAAGGCUCAAGAAAUGUCUUCCGACUCUGGUCUCUGAGACACAAGGUGCGUUCGUCUCUGGAAGACAAAUAUCUGACAAUAUAUUGAUUGCCCAUGAGAUGGUUCACGCUCUGCGUACGCAUGCUAAGUUCAAUUCAGGUUUUGUAGCGAUUAAGACGGAUAUGUCAAAGGCAUACGACAGAGUUGAAUGGGAAUUUCUGGAACAUCUUCUCAUUCGUAUGGGCUUAUUGGUCUGUCGUGCCACCAAGGAGGAAUGUGAAGAACUCCUGGCAUGCCUACAGUUAUAUGGUGAGGCAUCAGGACAACAAAUUAACUUUGAGAAGUCUGCAGUUACCUUUGGAAGUAAGACGCUUGUAUCAAGUAAGCUGAUGAUCAAACAAACCCUAGGGAUUACAACAGAGGGGGGAGAAGGUAAUUAUCUGGGAUUGCCAGAGUGUUUCAUUGGCUCAAAACAGGCUCUUUUGGCUUUGAUUGGCGAUAAACUCAAGAAGAGACUACAGGGGUGGUUUGCAAAGACUCUCUCCUUAGGGGGAAAAGAGAUUCUACUUAAGUCGAUAGCGUUGGCACUCCUAGUAUACGCAAUGUCUUGUUUUCGACUUAGUAAACAUCUCUACAGGAAACUCACAAGUGCCAUGCGUGAUUUUCGGUGGAAUAGUUGUCAGGGGAAUAGGAAAAUUAGUUGGGUGGCUUGGUCUGAGAUGUGUAAAUCUAAAGCAGAUGGUGGUUUGGGUUUUAAAGAUUUGGGAGAUUUUAAUCAAGCACUCCUUGCCAAGCAAGCUUGGAGAAUCCUCAACAACCCGGAAUCUCUAGUUUCUCGUUUCUACAAAAGCCGCUACUUUCGAAAAUCAACUAUCAUGGAGUGCGGGUCUGGUUCAAGGCCUUAUUAUGCAUGGAGAAGUAUACUACAUGGUCAUAACCUCUUGAAGCAGGGUCUGAUGAAGAUGAUAGGGAAUGGUAUGGAUACUUUCGUCUGGAAAGAGAAAUGGAUCUUUGAUAAACAUCCUAGAGCCCCGUACCGGAUGGACACCUUCUUCAAUGUCAACCUGAAGGUGGUGGAGCUGCAUAGCCAAGUGGAUGGUCAAUGGGACAUAAAGAAGAUAACUGCGUUGUUUCCACCUGAUGAUGCUAAACAGAUUCUUGCGAUGAAAAUUGCAGCAACAAAGAGAAAUCGUUACAUAUGGCCCUAUAUGCCUUCUGGUGCUUAUUCUGUUAAAAUUGGAUACUGGUUGCUUCGGACCCUACCUUCAAUCUCUGAGCCUCGCUCGGAAGAUAGGAUCAAGCUUACAAGUAUGAAAGCGAAGGUGUGGAAACUGCAGACGGUACCAAAGAUUCGAACUUUCCUCUGGAGAAUGCUAUCAGGUGAUCUAACUGUUUCAGAAAGGCUUGCCUCACAUGGAUUAAUUGUAGACACCAGAUGCUCAAUAUGUGGUCACCAGGAGGAGACAAUAUGUCAUAUGCUGUUCUCAUGUGCGGUUGCUAGACAAGCAUGUGGCGUUGCUAAUAUUCCUCUGCCUUCUAGGGGCUUCUCUGACUCGGAUUUGGUGGGGAACUGGGAACAUUUGCUGACGGUAAAGCAAGACAAGUGGGUUCCGGAGGAGAUUAGAAACAUGAUCCUCUGGCUGUUGUGGGAAUUAUGGAAAUGGAGGAACAUAUUUCUAUUUCAGGGGAAACAGGGCGAUAUACGGGAGCUGGUGGAUAAAGCUUUCACGCACUCCUCACAUUGGUUUGCGGCACAAGCUCUAUAA